GGUAGGCAGACUCGCUGGCUGAAACUUGUCGUGCCACAUGCAUUCAGACUUGUGUGCCUAUGCCUCCUUCACCGAAAAUAUCUGAAUGAGGCGCUUGUGUGCAUCAUUUGGCACACUUUAAGCUAUGACACAAGCAUUCACUCUGAAGAAAGAUAAAUAACACGCACAUAUACUUCUUUGAAUCUUGUCGAUGUCUUCUCCAAUGCUCUCAACCGUCAAAGAACAGCUUAUCAAAGUAGUGGAUCUUAUCCCAGGAUUACGCUCUCGCCGCAACGCAAUGGCCGAAACACCUCCAUUUAAGGCUACAGACACUUUCGCGCACCGGUAUCAAGACGAGGAAGUGCUCCGCAAAGCCCUAGUCGAAAUAUGUGGCUUUACGCUUGCAGAAAUCAGAAUUCAGAUAACCGAGCGGAAUGGAUUCGAUGUCCAACUCCCUCGGCCUCUUGAUGAGGUACGUUGAACGCCGUAAUGAAAGGUCGCAGCUCAUUUUCUCCUUAGAAAGAAAAGGCACAAAUCUAU